CCGGACUUGUUCAGACGGCAGUUAAUGAUCGUAGUUCGAGUUAUUUGUCGUUUAAAGUGACAGAAAGUGAAAUUAAGUCGUAAUUUAUCUUCCUCUGGAGAGACUGUGGAGAUUCACCUGCUUCUGGGAAAAUGGUUCGCGGACAUUUCCUGGCUGUUUUCAUCUCUUUACUUCAUUUAGCUGCUGCAGAGAAUGUGAAAUAUGCCCUCCUGGGUCAGACGGUCAUUCUGAAUCCACAAAUCAAGGCAUCUGGUGCAAAUAACAUCCUGUGGAAACGCAACAGGGACAAAGUGGUGGAGUUUAAUAGAAACGAGCAGCUUGAGUACCCACCGUUUAAAGAUAGGAUCACACUGGACUGGCACACUGCAGAGCUGGAGAUCACCGACCUCAGAUAUGAAGACAGUGGAGACUUUGAACUGGGGGUGUUUGUGAAGAAAGAAUUCAGAUCUUUCCCUUUUAAACUGAAGGUCAUUGGUAAAGUAUCCAAACCUUCCAUAUCCUGUGAGAUAGAAGACACCAGCUCAGAUGAAUCUGGAAACCGGGCCUCACUGAAAUGCUCUGCAGAAUCCAGCCGUUCUGAGUCCUUAAUGAAGUUUGAAUGGAGCUGGCGUGGCAGCAUGCAGCCCGGCCCAAAUUUAACAAUCCCUCUGGGGGAUGAGAAUGAUGAGGAAGAGUACAGUUGUACUGUGAGCAACCCGAUGUCCAGAGAGACGACGACUUUCUCUGCAAGGAGCUGCUACUCUGAGACUAAUUUAACUGGGAUCAUUGUCGGCUGUUUUGUUGCUGUCAUUGCUGUCCUUCUGGUGGUUUUGGGGCUGCUGCUAUUCCUGAAACAAAGACAACAUAAACCAGAACAAAACAGAAGUGACCCUGAACAAAAUCCUUUACUGAAUACGCAGUCCAACUUUCAGUCUCCUACGCAAUCAGCAGGCUUUGCUGAAGAGAACGACGACACAGAGUCAGUUGAUGUGAAGAAAACUAUGCAAAUCUUUCAACAGAAGAUAGAUAAAGAGAUCAAUUCCCCUUCUGGUAAACCACCUCGUACUCCCAAACCACCGUCUCUACCUGCACCGGACCCUUCAAACAUACAUGAUGAGGAUGGCAUUGAUAAAGACAACAACUUGGAUCAAGUCAGUGCAGAAGUUCCACAAAGCACUGGUGGAGAGUCGAGCUUGGAGGAAGGAAAACAGCAGAGGGAGGUUCUCCAAGGGUCAAAACCUGAAAGCCCUCAUAUAUUUCAGUUCCCAAAUGUUGCAGAUGCAGCAGCUGCUAAUCAGGCAGAAAAGGACAACACUGUGUCUAACAGUCAGUCAACCAGCGACAACGAGGCAAGUGACACAAAAGAGAAACCUGCUGGUCAACAAGAGGACCAGGUCCCUGUAAAUCCAACACCUGGAGACGCCAAAGACUCAGAGAAGAGUCUGGCUGCUGAUGGAGUCGGAGACUCUCCAACAGAGAUGCAAACUUCAGGACAGACAGAAAAAGAAUCCUACCCAGAGAACAGCAAACAAGAAGAGAAAAAAAAUACUGAAGACGAUCAAGAAGGGCCUGGGAGUCGACUAAGCUCAAGACAAGGAAGCCAUGACUCCUUCACAUCAAUUGAUUCCACGAUGGAUGCAGCUGACAAAAAAGACAAAGUCAGUUCCAGGAGCAGCAGUCAGUUUGGGAAUAACUCUGAAGAGGCUGGAGGAAAUGAAGAUGAAAGACAAGAUGAACAAAGAUAUGUUGAUGACAGUGAACAGGUUGAUAGUGCAAACUCAGAUAAAGGCAUCGAUUCUCCUCCUCCAGACAGUGAAGAACCUUCACAAAACACUGCUGGAGAGUCAAGCUUGGGGGACAAAAAACAGUCAGAUGGUAUUAUUAAGCACACAGACUCCCCGAGUCCUGAACACAAACAAAAAAAAAAAGCAGCUCACAGUUCAGAGCCUGGGAAAGAAGGACCAGCACCAAGCAGCAGUCCAGAGGGGGCAGAAAAAGAGAUCAAUUCUCCUCCUGGUAAACCACCUCAUACUCCCAAACCACCAUCUCCACCUGCACCGGACCCUUCAAACCAGGGGCGUUACCAGGGGGAGCCGCUGGACCCCGCCGCGCGUCCUGUAGUCCGCCCCUCCAUGAUGUAUGCUUUAUCCAGUUCAUCUAUGCCGCCAUUAGCGGAAGCCCGCACGGUGCCGCCCACUUCCGGUCCGAUGACACAUGUCAGUCGCGAACAUGUGGCCCCGCGGUCCGACGCCCCACCCCCCCGUCCGACGCAGCUGAACGGUCUGACGCUCUGUCGCAAUCAGUAGCUUGGGAGUCCAACAAGCUCAACACAAGGAAGUGUAGAAUAAUUUUAUAAUAUUCUUUACAUCAUGCUUAUUAUAUUAUGUUAUUUACUGUUGUUCAUGUAAUGCAUGUCUCUGUGAGUU